GGAAGCUAGAGGACCGGUCUCCAUGGAAACCGCGCACUCAGGAAGUGAAUCUUGAAAUGCGCCGAGAUUUAUAAGCUUUCCAGCAUUAGGAUGCAAGAAGCCUGUGGAAACAGGAAUCUUCCAUGAAGAUGCAAGUUUGGAAUUAACAAUCGAGGUGUAGUAAACCCAAAGGGCAGUGCUGGGAUGUCCCGCGCAGUGAUCGCACCCCUACAGGUGGGGGCCACCGCCCCAGAGGCCCUCUCGGUGCUGCAGCAGCGUCUGCAGGCUGCAGAGGACCAGGCGGAGGCCCUGAUCAAGGAUGUGGGCUCCCUGGGGGUGCCCCGCGAGCAGCUCCUGGCCCCCUCCGAGCCGCCGCCGCGGCCGCCCCUCAGCCCCCUCCAGGCCCGGGCCGCGUUCGGCGGGGGCGGCGCCAUGCUGUGGCGCAGCUACGAGGACCUGGUGAGCCGCGCGUGCCGCAUGGAGAGCCUCCUCCAGACGCUGAAGCUCACCGUCUUCCGGCUGGAGACCGACCGCCAGCUCAACCCCGCGCACUCCGCCCACCUUGCAGAGCAGCUGGCCGCGCUGCAGCAGGAGCAGGCCGAGGAGCGGCGGGCAGCACGGCGGGAGCUGGUGCGGGUCAGGGAGCAGCUGCGCCAGGCCCGCCAGGACCGGGAGGCCACUCUGGAGGAGGCCCGCAGGCUGGGGGAUGCCCUGGAGGUUGCCACGGCCACCAAGAUGGAUGUUGCCCUUGCCGCUGAGGAGCUGAAGGAGAUCAAGGCACAGAUGAGCGAGAGACUGCUGGAGCUGAAGGAGGAGCUCUCACGGGAGGUGUCCCUGCGCACUGCUAUGGAGGAAUCUCAUGGUGCAUUGCUGCAGAGGGUGCAGGGGAUGGAGAAGGUGGUGGAGGUGGAGAGAGCCCAGGUGGAGGUGCUGCAGCAGGACUGCCGCGCGCUGCAGACAGAUGUGCAGGAAGCCAGGCAGCAGCUGGAGAAGGAAGCAGGCCGAGCUCAGGAGCUGGAGGGACAGUGCCAGAGUCUCAGGGAUCAGGCAGCUGCCAAAGAAUUACUUGUUACAGAAAUGACCGAAGACCUCAAAAGUACCCGCCUGGCUCUGCAGAAACAGCAGGAGGAGAACAGUCACCUUCAGCAGGAGAGCAGCAGUCUGAGGAGUGCCGCAAACAGAGUGCAGUCUCUGAAUGAGCAGCUGGAGUGCCAGUGUGCAGAACUCGGUGCAGCCCUGCGCUCGCUCACAGUAGAGAACGCCCGGCUCAUCACUGAGCAUCAGGCCAGUUUGCAGGUGGAGAAGGAGCGUAUGGCCCAGAAGCUGCAGGAGCAGGACUUACUGCUGGAUGCGGCCCGACGAAACAUCCAGGGCGAGCUGCAGGCGGCGCUCUCUGACAGGCUGCAGCUACAGAAAGAGCUCGAGGCUCUGCGCGCAGACCAUGCCAAACUCCAGCAGAGUUCCACUGUCGCCCAGGAGACAGCUGUCACUCAGAAGGAGCUGCUGGAUCGUACAGUUGAAAGGCUGCGGGGGGAGCUGGGCACAACCAUUCAGGAAAGAGACGCAGCCAGGAAAGAGAGGAACAGUGUACAGACUGAGCUGCAGAGUGCCAUGAGGAGGCUGGAGGAGGAGAAGGCCUCUUUGGAGACGGAGCUGACGGAGACCAAGCUUGAGGUGGGGUCUCUAAGCUCUGCCUUGCAGAAACAGGAAGAGGAGAACCAGAGCCUCAUGGGAAGGCUGGUGGCCAUGGAACACCAGCAGCAUGCUCAGCAGCAGGUGGAGCAGAUGCUGGCCGAACUGACGGACAGCAAGAACAAGUUGGCCUAUGACAAGGGCAAGCUGCAGGCCAGGGUGGAGCAACUGCAGGAAGAACUGCUAGCAGUGGGGAAUGCCAAGGCAGACUGUGCCCAUCAACGCAAGCUGUGCACUGCGCUGGAGAACAAGUACAGUCAGGUCACCAAUGAGCUGAACUCCUUGAAGAUCAGCUAUCAGAGGCUAGAGGCCCAGCUCACUCAGGCUCAUGCAGCUCUGGAGAGGAAGGAGUCCGAUUUUGCCCUGGCAAUCUCUGUGCGGGACGAGGCUUUGCAAGAUGCCCAGGCACUGCGGGGACAGCUGGAGGAGCUGGAGGAGCAGCACAGGAACAGGGUGGGGCUGCUGGAGAGGCAGCUGGGGGCGUGCCGGCAGGACGGGGGCAGGGUGGCAGAGACGCUGGAGAACAUGCUGGCCUCCCACGCCCGGCUGCAGCAGAGUGCCGAGACGCUGCAGACCGAGCUGGGCAGUCGCGAUGCAGAACUCACGGCACUGCGGGCGGAGAGGGUACAGGGACAGCAGGAGCUCCAGUGGCUUCAGGAGGAAGUGGAGCGUCUCCAGGGUAGACUGGCCACAGCAAAGGCACAGCAGCAUGGCACCAAGGUAGAACCACUGUGUAAGGCUCUGGAGGUGGCCAGAGGGGACAACAAGAAGCUCGCACAAAGUUUGGAACAGGCUCUGCAGGUCAAGAGCACCUUGCAGGACAAGCUGAGCCGAGCCUUGGAACAGCUGAAGAGCACAGAGACACAACAUCAAGAUCUGCUCACAAAGAGGGAGGAGGAGUUGAGACAGUGCCGUGAGGAGGUGUGUCGGCUCACAGACAGUGUGGACUCUCUGAAACAGCAACUGAAGAAGGAGAGAGAGGCGGGCAGGAGGGCUGGGCAGAAAGAUGCUGCUGAGCUGAAGAAGGCUCUAGAAGAGGCAUCUUCCUGGUCAGCAGAUCUGUCCCUUGCCAAUCGGGAGCUGAGAGAGAAGGUGAAUGAGUUGGAGAAAGUGGUGGCAAAUCAGAAGGCCAAGAUCAAAGGUCAGAGGGCACAGCUGAAGAAGCACAUGGAGAGCCAAGCCAACAGCACACAGAGAGUGAAGGAAAUGGAAAGCGAGCUGAGAGAACUGCAGAGCAUGAAGGAGGAGUACCAAAAGAAAAAUUAUGAGCAGGGUCAGUUGGUUCAACAGUUCUGGACAGAGACGGCCUCGCUCCAGCAGGAGCUGCAGUGUCUGUCCUCCGGCCAGCAGGAGGCAGUGCGCUUGGGGGAGGAGCUGGAGAGAGAGCAGGAGCUGCGGCAGAAGCUGGAGGAUCGCUGCGAGAGGCUGGAGCAGAGAGUGAGGCAGCUGAAGCAGGCAAGGGAGACAGCAGAGCAAAGACUGAAGGAUGCCAGCCUGGAGUCACAGCAAAUUUCUGACAACCUGGAGGAGGCUCACUGCUGGUUCCAGUCAAAGUUUGAGAGUCUGCAGAGGGAACUGGACAGGGGGGAAUCAUUGUCUAGUGAUCAGUGUUCCCAGGGGAGGACUAAAAAGAGUGUUCCCACACCAUGUAGACAAACUACAAAGGUGCACACCAAUACCAGAUCUAUGGGCAAGCCUGGGGUCCGUAGUGCUGAUUCUGUAUAGCUCUCAGAAGGCCAGCAGCACAACCAAAUGUGCUCUUGCCAGACAGAUAAAGAAGAGGUUGAGCUAAUCAGAAGGAGGCAAGACCCAGGAGACAAUCCACUGUGUCUGAAGCCCGGCAUCAUGAGAAUGAGAUUUGUAACAUCAGAACACAUGCUGUUAUUGCAAUAUCUGAACGAUUUAACUUCUCCUUAUACUGUAUAUAUAUAUAUUGACACAGCAAAACGAGUUUUUGUAAGAGUGAUCAUUUAUAUAAAAGUAUUUUAAUAAAUGUUUGAUUUGGAUAUUUAA